GCUUUGGGGGUUGCGGAUUGGUGGACGCCUGCCUACGCCUCUGGCUGUGAAGGUGAACGUCUCCUCCAGGCAGAUUCGGAGAAGUGCUAGCCUCGGCCAACUCUUGCAAUGGCUCCCGUCUUUAGGUCCGUGUUCGGCGCCGUCCCGCAGGCCACGCCAGUGGCCGUCUUCCAGCUGACGGCGGAUUUCCGCGUUGAUACGGACCCGCGCAAGGUCAACUUGGGAGUGGGAGCUUAUCGCACAAAUGAAGGGCAGCCUUGGGUCUUGCCAGUAGUUCGGAAAGUGGAGCAGAUGAUUGCCAAAGACACCAGUUUAAAUCAUGAGUAUCUUCCGAUCUUGGGCUUGCCAGAGUUUCGUGCUAAUUCCUCACGAAUUGCCUUAGGAGAGGACAGUCCGGCCAUCAAGGAAAACAGGGUAGGGGGUGUACAGUCUUUAGGAGGCACAGGGGCUCUGCGUAUUGGAGCGGAAUUCUUGAGGCGCUGGUACAAUGGAACCAACAACACAGCAACCCCUGUCUACAUUUCUUCCCCUUCCUGGGAGAACCAUAAUUCGGUCUUUACGGAUGCUGGCUUCAAGGACAUCCGAACCUAUCGUUAUUGGGAUGGUGCCAAAAGGGGUCUGGACAUCCAGGGAUUCCUGGAAGACUUGGAGGAAGCUCCAGAGUUCUCCAUUUUUGUCCUCCAUGCCUGUGCUCAUAAUCCCACUGGAACAGACCCCACCCAGGAGCAGUGGAAAAUGAUUGCAGCUGUUAUGAAGCGACGGUUCCUUUUCCCUUUCUUCGACUCUGCCUAUCAAGGUUUUGCCUCCGGUUGUCUGGACAGGGACGCCUGGGCUGUGCGCUUUUUUGUUUCCGAGGGCUUUGAACUCUUCUGUGCACAAUCCUUCUCCAAAAACUUUGGGCUCUACAGAAAAUUCGAGCUGGGGGAGCAGAAAAGGGAUGGGAAGCAACUGGAAGAAGGCCUCAUGAUUUGA